UCUGUUUGUUUGUUUUUCUUUCCGAGGAGAGCGCGGACCACUACCGCGAAUUAUGCGGUCGAGUUUCCCCCCAUUUGGGGCAAUCGCAGGGGUCAGCACAGCCGGAGUGUCGCGGGCCUUUUAAAAGGCAGGGCCGGGCUCCUGGGGAAAACCAAUGAGAGGCCGCCGCCGGCCUCCGCCCCUCCCGCCCCCGCCUGAGGUCGAAGGGCUUUCGUGCUGGCUCCGAGGUUUCUGCUGUUCACCCGGGACGUUUUGGACGGGCGGGCGCCAACGGCUGGGCCAGGGUCGGGGUGGACCGAGAGCCGCUCCACUUUGACGCCCCCCGCCCCUCCAGGUCGGUCGUCAGUGCUCGGAGCGCCCGCAUGGCUCUGAGAGGGGCCUCGGUGCGGCUGCAGAGCUGCGCGCCCGGCCUGCGCGCCCUGCGCUCCUGGAGUUCUGCGGCCACGCAGACUGAGAAGGGUGGAAAGACGCAGAACCGAUCCGCCAAAUCCUCGCGUCCCGAGUUUAACUGGCGGGAUGCCCUGGUUCUGGAGGAGCAGCUGACAGCCGACGAGAUCCUCAUCCGGGACACCUUCCGCACCUACUGCCAGGAGCGCCUCGUGCCCCGCAUCCUGUUGGCCAACCGCAACGAAGUUUUUCAUCGGGAGAUCAUCUCAGAGAUGGGAGAGCUGGGCGUGCUGGGCCCCACCAUCAAAGGAUAUGGCUGUGCUGGGGCCUCAUCUGUGGCCUACGGGCUCCUGGCCCGGGAGCUGGAGCGAGUAGAUAGCGGCUACAGGUCGGCGAUGAGUGUCCAGUCCUCCCUGGUCAUGCACCCGAUCUAUGCCUACGGCAGCGAGGAGCAGCGGCAGAAGUACUUGCCCCGACUUGCCAAGGGGGAGCUCUUGGGCUGCUUUGGGCUCACAGAGCCCAACCAUGGGAGUGAUCCUGGCAGCAUGGAGACCAAAGCCCGCCACAAUCCAUCCAGCAAGAGCUACACCCUCAAUGGGGCCAAGACCUGGAUCACCAACUCGCCCGUGGCUGACCUCUUCGUGGUGUGGGCUCGCUGCGAAGAUGGCUGCAUUCGGGGCUUCCUGCUGGAGAAAGGGAUGCGGGGCCUCUCAGCCCCCAAGAUUGAGGGCAAGUUCUCCCUUCGGGCCUCGGCCACUGGCAUGAUCAUCAUGGAUGAGGUGGCGGUACCCGAGGAGAAUGUGCUGCCCAACGCAUCCGGCCUGGCGGGUCCCUUUGGCUGUCUCAACAACGCCCGCUAUGGCAUCACGUGGGGUGUCCUUGGAGCUGCUGAGUUCUGUUUGCACACAGCGCGGCAGUACACCCUGGACAGGAUCCAGUUUGGCGUCCCACUAGCCAGGAACCAGCUGAUCCAAAAGAAGCUGGCUGACAUGCUCACCGAGAUCACACUGGGCCUUCACGCCUGCCUGCAGCUCGGCCGGUUAAAGGAUCAAGACAACAGGGCCACCCCGGAAAUGAUCUCUCUGCUGAAGAGGAAUAACUCUGGGAAAGCUUUAGACAUCGCCCGCCAGGCCAGAGACAUGCUGGGGGGUAACGGGAUUUCUGACGAGUACCACGUGAUCCGACACACCAUGAACCUGGAGGCAGUGAACACCUAUGAAGGUACGCAUGACAUCCACGCGCUGAUCCUGGGACGAGCAAUCACAGGGAUUCAGGCAUUCACGGCGGGCAAAUGAGCACACUGCACUGGGGGCUUGGAGAUGCUUUCUGGAGAGAAGUCUGGGAACUGUGCUCUGAGAAUAGCAGGGAGGUGGCAGGAGGCCAUUUGUAUGGAGGGAAGUGAGAGACUGACUUUUACGUAUUAAAGUUUCCCCUAUUAAGUCA